GCAGAGGGAGGAGAGAGGAGAGAGACAUAUGGGACGCAGGACAUUCUGGCCUCACAGCCGCUUUCACGACCAUAAGCUUUCACAUUUACCUGUUUCCUGUUUGUGUCUUGCUGUUUUUAUUUAGUCUGUACUUCAAGGAGAAAUAAAAUGGCCUAUCCUGGAUACGGCGGAGCCCCUGGAAUGCAGCAGCAGGAUCCCCUCUAUGGAUACUUUUCAGCUGUUGCUGGACAGGAUGGACAGAUCUCAGCAGACGAACUGCAGCGCUGUCUCACACAAUCUGGCAUCUCCGGCUCAUACCAACCCUUCAGCCUGGAGACAUGCAGAUUGAUGAUCAACAUGCUGGAUAGGGACAUGUCCUGCUCCAUGGGCUUUAAUGAGUUCAAGGAGCUGUGGCAGGCUCUGAACGGCUGGAAGGCGACGUUUGCUUCCUUUGACCGGGACCACAGUGGGACUGUCGAGGGUCAUGAGCUGCAACAGGCCAUCGUCUCCAUGGGUUACAACCUGAGCCCUCAGGCUAUGAACUGUGUCAUGAAGCGCUACAGCAUCAAUGGCAGAAUCCCCUUUGAUGACUUUGUGAGCUGCUGUGUUAGACUCCGCGCCCUGACUGAUCAGUUCCAGAGGAGGGACACGACCCGAACUGGCAAUGCAUCAUUUCAGUAUGAUGACUUUAUCCAGGUCACCAUGAGUGUAUGAAGAGGACAAGACUGAACAGGGGGCUUGGAACAUUUUCUCAAAUUAACAUCAUUUACGUUUUGUGUAUUUUUAAUCCUUGUUGCACAAAAUACUUUUGUAACAUUCCAUUUUAGAGAGAACAUUUUUUAACUCAUGCAAACAUUUUAACAAACUAAGAUUAACCACUCAAAUGCUUCUAUACUGGCGGCUAUUAUUGCUACUCUUACAUAUAUCAGCUUUUAGAGAGUGAGCAUGUUAACCUGCAAUGCUGACAUUACUGUUUAAAAUGAAUUGGCUCCUAUUUUACUUUUAAUCACAAUAAACAUAGAUGUGGAAAAUCA